GGGCGGGAAGGGGGCGAGCACCGUCCGUCUCCUCUACGGGGGGUGGUUGGUUGCCCCCUCCCCGGGACUGGCCUCUGAGGUAGCCCCGGCAGGGGCGGGGGGGGGGGGGGGGGGGGACGAAAGAGGUGACACAACCGGGCUGCUGCCUUCUGAGCCCGCCGGGGUUUUGUCACAGAGCUGCCGGGUGAUCAUCACAUACUUCAGCCGCGGUAUGAUUUAAAGUCACGGAGUGGUGAAGGUUCCAAACUUGACGCUGAAAAUGUCAAAAGGAAACGUUAGUGUUUGGGAAUGUACGUAAACAUGCAGCUUGGCAUAGAACACUUCAAAAAAAAUCAAGUGAUGAGCCAGGCCUGCUUAGUUCUGAAUAAGAUAUGGAAGCUCCAGGUAGUUAAUCUCUGUGCUUCUUAAUGAAGCCCGGUUCGUGCCAACUCGAGUGCGCGCCUCGGUCCUGAACCUUGCCUGACAAACCAGGAGUGAUGCCUCUAAAAUAAGGGUUACUCUGUCCCCAUCCCUCCCCCUUUCCUCCUAAUAACGCCUUUCCCAGCCCUGCACCUUUACCAGCGCUGUGCCUUCGGAAUCCUUCAGUCUCUUGUGAUUCCCAGGGGCUGUAAGUCACGGCAGCACAGUUUCCUGAACAGUCCUGCCUGGCAGCAAGGGCGCAGAGGAUGGAUUUCACAGAGCUAAACUAUGUAUUAUCCUGGGGUUGACAGGGAGCUGCUCGCUAGACCUCAGAAAUCCUCUUUUUGUUUUCCUGCAUCUGUGAACUGCAGAUUAACAUGGUAGAUUUAGGCAGAAUCUACAGAUGAACUUCAUGAUCUGGAAAAUAGCUUGGAGACUUCCAUAGCACGGGUUCUGGAAUCUGAGAACAGGCCUGGCCAUUUAUAGCUCUACUGGAACAGCGGUGGUGCAGAGCGAAAAGAAACAAAACCCAAAACCAACCAACCAACCAAACCAACAGCAACAAAAAAACAAACCAGCAGUGGCUUGAAUAUCCCAAUUUGUUGGAAAAAGAUAAAUCUCAUGUUGGAUCCCGCUUAAUCUUCAGAGAACCUUCACAGAAGAUAUUGAACAAAAUAUUUGAGGGGUUUAUACAACAAAUGUAUACUAUGCAAACAACAAGCUGUGGGCUUUUGUGGCAAGUCAGACCUACAGACUGAACGUUCGUCUGUAGUGGAUCUAAGAUGCGGUAACAGCCCUGAUGAGGCCAGGCCAGACAACUGUGCUCAUCUAUGGGAAGAAGCUGUGUGUCCCACUGCAAGAAAAUCUGGGCUGCAAUUCAGAAGGCUCAUAUUUCAAACUACUGAAAGUGUCUGUGGUUCCUCAGCAGACUGCAUAAUGUGUCCAUAAAUAUGUCAUUUAUUUGUCAGAUACCUCCUUUUGCUACCCGUCAGCUGUCUUGCUUAUUUAGAUGAUAAAAGCAUUACAUUCUCUGUUGUCUGGACAACAGCAUGUAUGAUGCAACCUUGAUGUCAGCCUGUAAGCACUGCCAUAACAUAAAUAGAUAAUCCAUGGUGAGCAAUAAUGGUUCUAACAUGGAAGAAGAGGAGAAAUCCUAAUAAAAAUGAAGUGUAAUAGCAAGACAGCCAAUAUUAUCUACCUGUGUGUUGGGAAAACAACAUUUCUGUAUAUUAGGUUAAUUACUUUCUUGUUAGUAUCUGGAAUUCUAAAGGAUAUCCUCAUAUAAUGUCUGAGGGUUCAUGUUGGGAAAAAGUUAAAGCUGUUUUAUUUUUUUCCUUAAAGUUUUAUUGGUUUGUUCUGUAAGUAUUUAUUGCUUUUGCUGCAAUGAUACAAUUCUAUCUAUUUGUCUGUUUUUAAGGAAAUGAGUUUUUUAGCCAUCUGAUGAUAGUGGUACACAAUGCCUGAUCAGGACAAGAAAUUGAAGAGCACAGAAAAAGCAUCAGACAAAAAACCUCAUGGGAUCUCUGUGAGGAGUUAUUCUGAUCUUAAAAGACUUCAGUCUCUCUUAAAUAUUCAGUCAAGCAACCAACAGCUUCCAGCUGUAUAUUUUGAAAGUGGUCAAACCAGUGUGACAAGAGCUCGGCAAAAUGUCAACAGCAGUGAACAAAAAGCCCGUGGUCAACAGCAAGAAUCAACAGAAGUUGUUGAGCUUGAAAACUUCAGUGUGACCUACAAGAAUGAGAGAAAUUUUAGCAGACACCCCAGACAUAAACUGUUUCAAGAGAUUUUUACAGCUUUAGUUAAGAACAGACUUACCUGCAGGGAGUGGGUUAAUCAGGCUCCAUCCAUCCAUUUUCUGAGAGUAUUAGUCUGCCUGAGGUUACUCAUAAGAGAUCCAUGCUAUCAGGAAAUGCUCCACAGCUUGGGUGGGAUUGAAAAUCUAGCUCAGUAUAUGGAAAUGGUAGCAAAUGGCUAUCUUGAUUACGGAGAAAAGCACCAUAAUGUGGACAAGUUGGUCAACAUGACAUACAUUUUCCAAAAGCUUGCUGCUGUUAAAGAUCAAAGACAAUGGGUUAUAGCAAGUGGAGCACAUAAAACCUUAGUAAAUUUGUUAUCUGCUCGAGACAGCAAUGUGCUCUUGGGUGCCCUCCUUGCCCUGACUAGCCUCGCAGAAAGUCCAGAAUGUAGGGAGAAGAUAAGUGAGCUCACCGUUGUUGAGAACUUGCUGGUGAUAUUACAUGAAUACGAUUUGCUUUCUAAAAGACUCACAGCAGAGUUGCUACGUCUCCUCUGUGCAGGGUCGCAAGUCAAAAAGCAAAUAAAAAUGUAUGAAGGAGUUCCAGUCUUGCUCAGUUUACUCCAUUCUGAUCAUAUCAAGCUUCUAUGGAGUAUAGUUUGGAUUCUAGUACAGAUUUGCGAAGACCCUGAGAUGAGUGCAGAAAUCCGGAUUUGGGGUGGAAUCAAGCAGCUCCUUCACAUAUUACAGGGGGAAAGGAAUCUCGUUUCUGAUCGCUCUUCAGUUGGAAGUUUAUCUAGUGCAAACGCAGCAGGGAGAAUCCAUCAUCUUCAUUUGUCAGAUGAUUUGAGUCCUGAUGAGAUGCAAGAAAAUACUGUCUCACUUCAAGCAGCUUGUUGUGCUGCAAUUACUGAACUGGUGCUCAAUGAGACUAACGCAUACCAGGUAGUACAGGCAAAUGGAAUAUAUACAAUAGCAAAGUUGAUUUUACCAAACAAAGAAAGGAAUCCUGAGAAAGCUAAUUUAUUACAGUGUUAUGCUCUCAGAGCUCUGAGAUUUCUCUUCAGUAUGGAAAGAAAUCGACAUAUCUUUAAAAGACUUUUCCCUACUGACUUGUUUGAAACCUUCAUUGAUAUUGGACACUAUGUGCGUGAUAUCAGUGCGUAUGAAGAGUUAGUAUCAAAGCUAAAUUUAUUAAAGGAGGAUGAAUUGAAGCAAAUUGCUGAAAGUAUCAAGAGCAUGAAUCAGAAUAAGGCACCUACAAAACAUAUAGGCAAUUAUGCAAUUUUAGAGCACCUCGGCAGUGGAGCUUUUGGAAGCGUAUAUAAGGUUAGAAAACAUAAUGGACAAAAUCUCCUGGCAAUGAAAGAAGUAAAUUUACGCAAUCCAGCAUUUGGAAAGGACAAAAAAGACAGAGAAAGCAGCGUGAAGAACAUUGUCUCCGAAUUAACCAUCAUUAAAGAGCAGCUUUAUCAUCCAAAUGUUGUACGGUACUAUAGAACCUUCUUGGAAAAUGACAGACUGUACAUAGUCAUGGAGCUCCUAGAGGGAGUGCCAUUGGGAGAACACUUCAACUCUUUGAAGGAAAAGCAACAACAGUUUACAGAAGAAAGAAUAUGGCAUAUAUUUAUCCAACUUUGUCUAGCUCUUCGUUAUUUGCAUAAAGAGAAAAGGAUUGUUCAUCGAGAUCUCACUCCAAACAAUGUCAUGCUGGGGGAUAAAGACAAAGUUACAAUUAGCUCUUUUAAUUCAUACGUUGUUGCAAUUGGAAAUAGACAUUUACAAUCUGAUCCUAGCCAGGCUAGAGCUGAUUUUGGGCUUGCAAAGCAAAAGCAGGAAAACAGCAAACUUGCAUCAGUAGUGGGAACCAUUCUGUAUUCAUGCCCUGAAGUCGUAAAGAGUGAGCCAUACGGAGAGAAGGCUGAUGUCUGGGCUGCGGGAUGCAUCCUUUAUCAGAUGGCAACUCUGAACCCACCAUUUUACAGCACAAAUAUGCUCUCCUUGGCAACUAAGAUAGUAGGGGCUCUGUAUGAACCUGUGCCAGAAGGACUGUACUCUGAAAAAGUUUCAUUUACCAUUAAGAGAUGUUUGACUCCUGAUGCAGAGGCACGUCCAGACAUAGUGGAAGUCAGCUCACUGCUGUCUGAUGUGAUGAUGAAAUAUCUGGAUGUUUUAUCCGCCUCUCAUCUCCUGUUGGAGAAGAAACUGGAUCGGGAGAGGAGACGAACCCAGAGGUACUUCAUGGAGGCUAAUCGAAAUGCAGUAACCCAGCAUCAUCAGCUUUCCAUUUUAUCACAAAAAAAUUGUGAGAAGUUGCGUCUUCACAGCAGCAGCAGUGGAGCAACCAGUUGCAAAAGGGAAUUUUCAGAAAAUAGUGACCUCUCAGCUGAUAAUUGUCAAUCUGCAUGUGGAAAAGAUGAGGAAAGAAUGUAUGAAGAACUCCUGGUAGAGGAUCAUAGCACUUUAGAGAACUCUGAGAAAGAUAUGUUCUCUGAAUUAGAUGAUGAGCUGGACAUGUUGGACAACUCAAGCAUCUCCAGUUCAAGUAAUUUGAAGGAGUCUGCUAUUGGUACAACUAAACAAAGUUUUAGUACUUGUGAAAGACAACCUCAGAUAAGAGAUUAUAUGGAAAGUCCAGGAUCAAGGCUGCGACCAGCAUCGGCAGGAAUUGCUGUAUCACAGCGGAAGGUGCGUCAGAUCAGUGACCCUGUUCAGCAGAUUCUUGUUCAGCUGCACAAAAUUAUCUUCAUCACUCAACUUCCUCCAGCUUUGCAAUGCAACUUGAAAAGGAGGGUCAUUGAGAGAUUCAAGAAGUGCCUCUUCAGUCAGCAGAGCAAUCCCUGUAAUCUGAAAUCAGAAAUGAAGAAGCUGCUGCAAGGUUCUCCUGAAUUGAUUGAGCCCAACUUCUUUGCAGCAGAUUGGCAUCUGCUACUUCUCUCUUCAGGUGGAAAUACAUUGCUUCCAGAUGAUAGAAAAGGUAUUGUUGGCACUUAUGACGUAGCAGAAGGGAUGACAUAUGAACACUUGCAGACUCUAAUUGAAGAGGUUCUAGAGGAAAGUGGUUACUACAAUUUCUCUUCUAACAGCUAUUUCUACUAUCCGAGGGGAACAAAGAACUGUCCAGCAAAGGAAGAGAACCUGUAAUUCUGAAGUAAGGGUUCAGAAUUGUUCCUAAUGAAGUCAACCUACCUGUACUUCAGCUGAGACUGUCUGAUUACCAAAGGAGCAAGCUUCACUCAUUAAAUACCAUCCAGAUGGAAUUCCAGUGUGGGACAGCUUCAAGAGACCUCAUGGGAUAUUUCAGAACGAUACUGUUAACUUUAGGUCUGUUUACAGCAUAAGCACUUUACAAGGAACAUUGGGAAAGAUGCUUCCAGGUUUAUACAUUAGGAGGAAAACACAGUUCCCAACAGUACAUAUCUUCUAUUUUUAUAUAUUUUUUAAUGAAUUCCUGCAUAGUCAGGUUUUCUGGAAUGAAAGUAAGAGAGCAUAUAACCUUAUUUAUAUCCAUGUAUGUCUUCUAUAGGAAGAAAAGGAGCUUUAUAAUAUGACCAGACAGAAAAUAUAUGUAGGUUCUCUGGACUAGAAUAGGAAACAGAUUAAACACCACCAGUAUGAUUUUCAUAUUUAGAAGGAAUUUCUCUAGUUAUGUUUGAAUAGUAGCAAAUUCUAAUAUUGGUAUGACAUGUUAAUAGGCAUUAUUUUCAACUGCAAUAGCUUCUGAAAGGAUUGUUAUUUUAAAAACAGCUGGUUUUGCUGCUAUUUCAAAAUGUCUGUCUUUAGUCACACAUUGUAUAAAUCUGUGUAUAUAAAAAGUGUGUCAUGUACAUUUAUAUACAUAUUCAUUUUCAGCUUAACAGACUAUGUAAAUUAAAUACAUGCUUUGCUGCUAAUCAAAACUAGUACUUAAAAGCACUGUCAGCAUUUCAAUAUUUUUUCACUCUGUGCUAAAUAGAGAUAAAAAUGUCUGACUGCGGUAGUAGAGAAGCUAUUUUUUGUCUACAGUUUAGUAAAGAUUACUUACUAAGUAGAAAGGCUUUUCUCUACAGUUGAUAUUGUGGCAAUCAUAGCAAGGUAAAAUACCAAGUGUAUUCUGUUAUGCAGCUAACCCUGUUGAAAAUUAUUAGCAUUAUAGUAAUCACAUGGUUACUCAUAAGUAUUUUGAUAAAUAUGUAUGUUGGGUACUUUUUUCUUUUUUCCCCACUGGUUUGUUUGUAACUAUAAAUAACUAACUGGCAUUAAUUUCUUAACAAUUCAAGUGUAUUAUUUCACCUCCGAUGUAUUACUUCGGCAUCCUGAAUUGUGAAGCAGUGAAAGGGACCUAAUGGGCAGUGUAAAGAAAAAAAAAGACAAGAAAAAUCCAUCCUCUUUUUAAAUAUCUGUAAUGUAGAAAGUCAUCAGGUGCUAUAUUUACAUCUAUACAAUGGUACAGUAGAGAUAGCAAAGGUCUGUUCAGGGUUAAGACAUAUGAUUCUUAAGGUACUGUCAGCAGGUAGUUACAGUUUCCACCAUGAAUCACCAUAGGUGAUGCAUUUCCUGCAGUGUUAUCACAAAAAAUCAAUUCCUGUUCUAGUUCAGAGUGUUAGUUUUGCUUUGCUACAAUGGAGAAAAGGAAUUCAGUAUGGUUAAAUCUGAUGGAUUAGAAAGUAAAUCCACACUAUAUAUGGCUGCCAAUGGAACUGAUUACACCAAUAUUUUAUCAAACAAGACUUCAUUUAAAUUAAGCCUUGAUAUGCUGGUCCUACUCAAAUUGCAUAUUAAUUCUCAUAAUAAAUUUCCAUUAAAAUAGUAAAUCAGUAAAAUACUUAAAGUAACCUAUUUAAAUAUAUUUUUGAAUAAAUUUCUUAUAAUUUUAAAUUGUCAGAGGGCAUCAAAUGCUUUAGAAAUAAUUUGGACCUUAUUUCAAGCAUGUUUUCAAGUAUUGCUGUUUAUAGUUUAUCUGGAUUUGUGUGAUAGUGUAGUGUUCAUUUGUACUUGAUGACAUUAUUUUUGUUAUGAAAUACACUACAAUUAAUUAUUCUUAUUGUGUUUCUCCUAAUGUACUUCUAGUGCUGUUAACUUUGAAGAAAAUUUUGUGCUUGUUUUUCUGACUGAAAAGUGGAAUGCUAGCUGGUGGCCAGCAGAGCAGACUUCUCUACAGCAACUAGAAGAUAAGAGGUAGAUUGGUGGCAUGUACAGCUGCAACCACCAAGGCAAAUCAAACCAGAAAAUCAGUGGUCUUUUCUUUUUCUUUCCUAGUGUUCACUAGGAUUUUUUUUUUUUUGCUUGGCUGCAGGUGAAUUUACAUGCUGGUUAUUGUAGAAAAGUGCUGGUACAUUUUAUGUGUAGGGCAAAUAACUUCCACAGAAGAUUCAUGAUCUAAGCUGUUAAGUAAUUUAAGUAGUUUAUGUCAUUACUACAUAGAUGCGCUCCACUGAGAUAACAGAGAGUCAUGGUGAAUGGAGUCAAAUCCAUUUUGUGGCUCGUCACACAUGAUGUUUCCCAGGGCUCGCUCGGUAUUUGGGCCAGUUCUGUUCAGUUAUCUGGACAAGGGGAUUAAGUGCACCUCAGUAAGUCUGCAGAUGACACCAAGUCAGGUGGGAGUGUUGAUCUGCUGGAGGGUAGGAAGGUCAUACAGAGGGAUCUGGACUGGCUGGAUCGUUGGGCUAAGGCCAAUUGUGUAAGGUCAAACAAGGCCAAGUGCUGGGUCCUGCACUUGGGUCGCAACAACCCCAGGCAGUGCUACAGGCUUGGGGAAGAGUGGCAGGAAAGCUACCCAGUGGAAACAGGCCUGGCAGUGUUGAUUGACAGCCAGCUGCCUAUGAGCCAGCAGUGUGCCCAGGGGGCCAAAAAGGCCAGCGGCAUCCUGGCUUGUAUCAGGAAUUGUGUGGCCAGCAGGACUAGGGAAGUGUUUGUGCUACUGUACUCGGUGCUGGUGAGGCCCCACCUUGAAUCCUGUGUUCAGUUUUGGGUCUCUCAUAAGAAAGACAUUGAGGUGCUGGAGAGAGUUCAGAGAAGGGUAAUGAAGCUGGUGAGGGGCCUGGAGCACAAGUCUGAUGAGGAGCAGCUGAGGGAACUGGGGCUGUUCAGCCUGGAGAAUAGGAGGCUGAGGGGAGACCUUAUAGCUGUCUACAACUACCUGAGAGGAGGUUGUAGCAUGGAGGGUGUUGGUCUCUUCUUCCAAGUAGCAAGUGAUAAGACAAGAGGAAAUGGCCUCAAGUUGCACCAGGGGAGGUUUAGAUUGGAUAUUAGGAAAAAUUUCUUCACAGAAAGGAUUGUUAUGUAUUGGAACAGGCUGCCCAGGGAAGUGGUGGAGUCACCAUCUCUGGAGGGUUUUAAAAAACACGUAGAUGUGGUGCUUAGGGACAUGUUUUAGAGGUGAACUUGUCAGUGCUAGAUAAACAGUUGGGCUCAAUGAUCUUUAAGCUCUUCUUGAACCAAAAUGAUUCUAUGAGGUCAGAGUCCAUUGUGUUUCCAGUUGUAUGAAAAGUAACAAGAGCCACUUCUGCCAUGAAUAAUUUCUGUAUGGUUAAAUUCUGUAUAGACAAUAUAGAUAAACAUACUUAGGGAAACACAGAAACCAAGAAUAAGUUGCACAGUAUCAUUCAGCAAAUCAUCAGCAAAUUUGAGAAUGGGACCUACAUCUCCUGAGUUCCAGCCCAUUGCAUAAAUUAUAUACUUCAAGGUAUGUAUCUUUUUUUUUUUUUUCUUGUAUGCUUGUAAUCUGUAAGGUAAUCUGUGCAAAAAUCAGAGAAGCAGGCAGACCUGUAUCUAUUAUUUGGCUAAAUGAAAAAGAUUCCACAAAGAUUGGUACUGACAAUGGUGAAACACUGUACUAAACUUCAAUUAACUUUUGAUUAUUUGUGAAUGUACUGGUUUAACUGAAGAUGAGUUAAUUUUCUUCAUACAGUUAAAAAACCUUACUUUUUCAUAGCUAGCAUGGUCAUUAUUUGGACUUAGUUUGAGAAUAAGAAGAUAACACCCCAGGACAGAGUGAAUGUUUUUAAUUGCCCUGGCCUGAGAGCCAAGGACACUCUGAGUGCUCUGCCCACAGGUGUGAGGCAUUGAGGAAGGGGGGCAUGGAUGGGGCACAGCUUGACUGAUAGCCAGACUGAUCAAUAAGAGUAUUCCAUCCCAUUAGCAUCAUGCUUCAUAUUUAAGGAGAGUUGAGAUCUUCUGGUCCCUUUCUCUCUCGCUUUGCUCUUUUUGUCAAAGCGAGCGGAGUUCUGUUCAGGACUUUUAUUAGUUUGGCCUUUUGCCAUCCUGCCAUUUUGCAGAGGCCUCUGGGCCUUUCUGCUUUUUUCCUCUUUUCUGUCUUCGGGACUGACUUUGAGACUAAGUGCUGUUUUCCGGGAUUGGCUGCUUUUUGUGGAUGGAGUUCAUGAGGAAUUGCAUUGAGUAUCUUUUAUUUUAUAUUCUCUUUCUAUUUUAUAUAUAUAUACCUAUAUAUGUGUGUAUAUUUUUAUAUAUAUAUAUAUAUAUAUAUUUACUAGUAGUAUAUUGGUAUUUUGUUAUUUUAUUAAACUGUGUCAUUAACACAGUGGCAAUAUUCCCAUGUGUUUGAAAAGAAGGCCUUCUUGCUAAAGUGUGGUCACUGAUAUUCAUUCAGCGUGAUCAGCAAUAUUCAUUUAAGAGAGAUGAUGUUUCAGAGCUUGCCAAAAUGGCAAAUUGUAGUUGCUGAGUGUGUGACCACGUGGCUGAACAAGUGGUGAGAUAGAUGUCUUUCAGAGCAGCAAACAGUGCCACAGUAGGAUUAAAAAAAAGGAAAAUAUAAAACCAGCAGAUCCACCAUACAAGAUAGAAGAUGAGUCUCUUUGCCAAAGAUGUGGUGGUCUGAAUACUUAGAACUGGUGCAUCUGUGCAUCUGGUGCAGUCUGUGCUGCAGUGAGGAUGGGUGGAAAGAGAGCACUGGCUUUGUGAACUGAGCAGAACAUGCCUAUAAACUGUGUUGUUCCAGCAGCCUGUGGUCAUCUUGUAUCCUUGAUAGCAGGGAUCCAUGAGGAACAGUUGGGCUACUACUGCUUCUGGCUACUGAAAAGAUCAUGUUAACUAUGAGGACAUAUUAUUGGAGGUUGGUAGGUCAGAAAAUUUGCUCAUCUUUUUUACCUGGUCCUCAGGCAACAUAGGGAUGGAGUUAUCCUAUAGACUACCUUCCUGAUUUUCUUCCACAGUGUAUUAUGUGUUUGCUCUACAAAUACAUAAAUACAAUAAUUGACACAAUAAAUACAGUCAUUGAAACACUGUCUGUUGACUUUGCUUGCAAGGGUUUUAAAAUUAUGCUUUAAUUAACAGUAUCUGGAAUAAAAGCUUUACAUUUCUUUAGCUUGAUCAUGACAAUUAGUUCUUUACCUUUUCUCAGACAGGUCAUGAUACAAUGGAAUUAUAAGAGAUGAUGAAUGUUGGCAGAACAUGUCAAUUUGAUGUAUUGGGUCUGAUGCUCUGGCUCACAGCUGAUGGCACAGUAUAUGCCUGAAGGGUUAUGUAUCUAUGAUCUGUUGUGAUUCAUUUGUAGUCCAAAUGAAGCUGAUGAAAAUAAAGUGGAGACAGCAGUUUGUCGAACAGAAGCAGGACUGACCAAUUUUUCACCUGUUGGCAGUGUUGGUGUGAACGAUUCUUUUCUGAAGACUUGUGGGAGCCAGCAGCACAGUAAACUCCAGAGACUUUUUUAAAGCUCUACAAUGCAAUCUGUUAGUCUUAAAUUAUGUUGUGCUGAAUGGAUCAUUUCUGCAGUUAGGUUUACAUUGCAGAGCAGCCAUUAAAUAAAUGAGGGAAGUGUAGCACUCUGUUAACUGCAGACAGCUAUUUUUAAAGAUAUCUUCAGUGAGACUUAAAUUAAUGUUGACCUAUUUGUCACCUUCCCUUCCCUGAGACAGACAUUUCCCAUGCUCCUUUACAUACAGUUUGAAUACCAUCUCUGAAUAUGGAAGCCUAGCAAUUGAUCAGAGCUUUGCCUUGAGUGACCUGCCCAUUGCCUUUCAGAAAGCAUUUUUCCUGAGAGUUCAUUAUUAAAUGAUGAUGUGGUAAUAAUGAUUUUUUUUUUUUAAAUACAUAUUAAAAAAUAAUUAUAGAAUGGAUGGAAAUAGCUGUUCCUGACAUGAGGACUAGUGGACAAUGAAAACUACUGUGAUCCUGAACAGGUUAAUCAGCAAGGAACACGGAACUUAUUUCUCAUAGCCCUGUUCUCACUAAGAAGUGACUGCUGAGAGACAUGCUGGUGGAAAUUGGUGGGUACAAACCUUUUUUCCAAUAGGAAACUCACUUUUUUAUCAGAUUUUACUAGGUGGAACUGAGUCUAUGUAACAGAGUAGAAUUGUUGGACAACUGUUGAAAAGGUCCACUAAAUGUGAAGCACAACAGUAACGAUUCAGCACUGUUCUGCUGAAAUCACUGUUCAUUGUGCAGCGCUUUGAAUAUCUGAUCAGACUACCUCUCUACAAUUUCUUUUGCUGAGACACGAGAAUUCCCAUAGUCACUAAGUAUUGAUUGUAAGGAGGGCAACCUUAUUCUUUCCAAGAAUAAGACUCCAUCAGUCUCCGUACAUUUUUCUGAACACUGUGACCUUUGCAUUGCUGUGUCUAGCACUGAGGUCACACCAAGAAGAUCAGGAUUUAUUGCUCCAGAAUCUGGACAUCAGGGAAUUCAUGCAGGGGAAGAAUUCUUGCAGCUUUUUCUUACCAGCGUAACAUAUGGUAUUUAUAGCUUCCAAUCACAAGGAACUUUUUUAGAGUUAUUAACAGUGGAAAAAAGUUAUCUCCAUAUAAAACCAAAAGAUGCCAAAUCAUUUUGGUAUCCCAGCUUUAAUUCUAAUUUUAAAUGAAUUCUUUAACCUUCUUCUUUUCUCACCUUCUGUUUCAAUUGCUUUGUGUAUUUGUGCCUUGUUUUUGUCAGCUUAUGAAGAGAAAGUAGUAUGCUUAUAUGUAGGGAGAGAUUAAUUUCUUCAGGCUAUUUUCCAAUAUUUAUUCUUUGAUUUUGUGUAUUCUUGUGUAGCUGCACUGUUCUUUUGUACACCUCAGAAAGAUCUAGAGGAUAUUCUUAGUUCUUCCACCAAACAUCCUUGGCAACAAGCUGCACCUUUUGUUUAAUGAAGAGGGGUUACCCAUCUUUUUUGAAUGUGUGGUUGCUUCCCCUAUCUGGUCUCAUUCCUAUUUACCAAGACUGCACAUUGCACAUGUUCAUUGUUUACUGCUUCAAAGAAACAGACCCAAUGUAUUGCAUUCAAAUAAACUUCAAAAAAAUACUGAAAUGUAUUGGAAAACAUGUUUCAACAUAAUCUGCAAAUGAAAACACCGGGAAUUUUGGGCUGAAUUUCUGUAAUCAUCACUGCAGCACAUAAUGCUUUUUUCUUUUUUUCCCUAAAGCAA